CGGCGGCGGCGGCAGAGAAGGAGGAGGAGGAGGAGGAGGGAGGAAGGAGCCUCCCGGCCCCCAGGCUGUGCUGCUGCCGGCUCCCCGCCGUGGGAACCGGCGUUGCUUGCCCGUAGGAGUGAGAACCGAUCCCGGUCCCGGAAGAAGCAUCCAGCACUCACCCAGCGCUGCAGUGACAGCAGUGUGUGCCAUCCACCCCAGUGUGAGACGGAGCCAACAGAAGGAGGUCAACGAUGCAGUUCUUAGCCUGGUUCAACUUGCUGCUUCUCCUUCCGUGUUUCAGUGCCACCAAAACCUGCUUCCCUGGCUGCCACUGUGAAGUGGAAAGCUUUGGUCUCUUUGACAGCUUUAGCCUGACCAAGGUGGACUGCAGCGGAAUAGGCUCACACAUUGUUCCUGUCCCAAUCCCUCUGGAUACCUCCUACUUGGAUCUGUCCUCAAACAAACUGGAAACAAUCAAUGAAUCAAUGCUAACUGGCCCUGGAUACACCACCCUGGUGAGCCUCGACCUGAGCUACAAUAAUAUCGCCAAGAUUUCCUCCACAACUUUCUCCAGGCUUCGCUACCUGGAGUCUUUGGAUCUGAGUCAUAACUCUCUGGAAGUCCUUCCAGAGGACUGCUUCUCCAGUUCUCCUUUGGGUGACAUAGAUUUGAGCAAUAACAAGCUUUUGGAUAUAGCGAUGGACGUUUUUGCUUCAAAGGGUCAAGGAAAACCCUUGAAUGUGGAUCUAUCCAAUAACAUGCUCAGCAAAAUUACAAGGAACCAUGAAAAGAGUGUCCCCAACAUCCAGAACUUAAAUCUUUCUGGAAACAGACUAACAACUGUGCCAGACCUCCAAGGCAUUCCUCUUCGAUACUUAAAUCUUGAUGGCAAUCCAUUAGCCAAGACUGAGAAAGGAGACUUCAAGGGGCUGAAAGGUUUGAUUCAUUUAUCCCUGAGCGGCCUCCAUAACUUUAGAGAGUUAUCUCCUUACAGUUUCAAGGAAUUACCAGCCCUCCAAGUUCUGGAUUUAUCCAACAAUCCCAACCUGAGGUCAUUGACUGCUGAAGUUAUCUUUGGCCUGAGCUCUAUACAAGAGCUCAACCUCUCUGGGACCGGCGUGUCCUCCUUGCCAAAGACUGUGCUGAAAUACCUACCUUCCCUCAAAAGCAUCACCCUGAGGAAGAACAUUCAGUGUUUUAAGACCAUCAAAGAAGGACAGUACCACCGACAAAUUGGGCUGACCAAAAAAGAGGUCCUCAGCUGCCACGACAGCCAUGGGGCCGUAGCAGCAGCGCCUUACGUUUUGUGAUGAAAGAGAGAGAUGGGGAAAGUUGGAGUGGAAGAGUGGGGGGGGGCUGUGGGGUUUGCACAGGUGUUGGACUGAGCUGGCUUGCAGUGUGCCUUUUGUAAAGCUGUCAAUAAUUUAUAUAUUUGUAUAUGCCAAUACUUGAUUGAUUGUGGGUUUUAUACACUUGCAAAUCCUCACUUGCAGGCCCCAGAUUCUACCCGGUGUGUUUGGGGCUGCAUAGCUCAAGAACAGUGCUGAUGGACACUGAGGACCAAGCUGAGGCUUGGGGCAGAAGAGCUGCUGUGAUGCAAAACUCCACGCCCCAGACCGGUCUGCAGGUGCAAAGAUACACCUCUCCAAAGUGCAUCCCAAAACCUGCCAACUCCAUAGCUGUUGGCUUCCAAACCCAUUCUUCAUCCCUGUUUUUAAUUAUUAUUCCCCAAGAAGUGCCUUCUGGAUGUUGCCUUCAUUAGCAGCACCCUGUUCCUUGUCAUGCACUUUCAGUCUGAAGAAACAUUUCCAGACAAACCUGAACACAGCAUGCUCCUAAUGUGCUGGUUUUUACAUGAUAUUUGCAUUGAUGUGCAGUGAACACUGAGUAAGUAGAGAGUUUUCCACUCUUUUCUCCCUGUUUUCCCCACCUUGAUUCUUUGUAUGUCAGAUUACUUUAGGUCUAGCCUUGGCAACCUCCCAUCUGUAUGACAUUAGUGAGGCAUUGAUACAUUGCAAAGGAGGAGAAGCAUCUCACCCAGGAACCAGCUUCCAUCAAGCAAAUUGACUGAGAGACCACAUAGCCAAGCUUUAAAUGAGAAAACAAUUCCCUCCUUCCUUUCUGGGUAAACUUGGAAGAAAACAUUGACAGUGGUUUUUAUCUCAAUGACCUCAACCAGCCAAGCAAGCUGUUUCCAGGCUGAUGUUCCCCAGCUGAACUCAACAUCUGCAGCUCAGCUGGGAUUGUGUGAGGCAACUUCCAAAACGUGCCAGGGGAAGAAUUAGCACUGACGCCUGCAACCCUGGAGCAGUCUGCCUAUCAUGAGAAGGAUCUUGAGGUAUAUUUUCAUUCCAGUUCUGUGGCUUUUCUUUCUCUCACGUGGCUACUUGGCUACCAGCUGAGAUCUGAUGAAAAGCUUUGUCCUUGGAGCUUUAUGCAUUUUUCCUCUACUCUGAAAUGCUGGCAAAGCAAAGGGGAGCUUGCCUCAUCCCACUUCUUCUCCAGGUCAGGGGAAAGGGAGCAAAGGCAGCACAGUGCUUUACAUGUAGCCUUCAUCCUGGUCAUAGGAGCUCCGCCAAUGGAGAUAUCCAUCCCAAAUCUGCCACUUUGUCCUGGGGAUGGGAGGGUAUGUUGUAGAUGGUGAUCCUGCACGGAUCUUCACACCCAGCCUUGUGUCAGGGUAACCUUAAAGUUUCUGAAAAAGGUUGAGGGAAUCAUAGAAUCACAGAAAAUCCUGAGUUGGAAGGGACCUAUAAGGAUCAUCAAGUCUGACUCCUGGCCUCACACAGUGUCACCCAAAAAGAAGACCAUACAACUGAGAGUGUUGUUCAUACACUUCUUGAACUAUGGCAAGCUUGGUGCUGUGACCACUUCCCUGGGGAAGCCUUCUGCAGUCCCCAACCAACCUCUCAGCCUUUUCCUGAUAUCCAACCUGAACCUCCCCCAAAAGGAGGAAGUCCAUGCAAAGAUGAUGGAGACCCAGUCCACAGCCCUCCUUGGGAGUGUUGGGAGGAGCUCAGACUUCAUCUUCACACCCCCAAAGGCCUCCACAAAUGGAAAGCACAUUGCCCAAAGCAUUUCUUUCCAGCGAUGGUAGAAACCUGCUGAGCCUGUAAAAGCCAGCCACUGCAAGGGGGCUCACCCCAGAUUCAACGUCUUACUUUGGAUAUUUCAAUCCCUCUCACAUGCUUACACCCAUCUCCUUUUUGAUGGUUUGAUGGCAGACCAUAAGGUAGGAUUUUAACCCUUUUCAUCAGUGUUGGGGGCUUUGCCCCUCUGUUGAGUCUUCGAAAGGUUCGACCUGCCUUCACAUUCAUGAGAAACACAGUAGUUUUCUUAAAAAGGCAAUGGGAAUGCCUGCAGGCAGACAGAGAUCUGGAAGAGAGCAGCAGCCAGGUGCAGUUUGGAAGAAAAGAGGUGGUUUUUAGUAGAUGUUGCCUUUUUAAGAGAAUUUUCUGCUGGCAGAAAAAAAAAGAAAUGUAAUCUAAAAAAAAAAUUGUUUAAUGUUGUAAGUCUGUACGUAGAUGCAAGGUUACGGCGAUCGUAUACUGUUAGAUUCUCCGGCUUUGCACCACUGUGGUAAAUUUAAAACCCAAUGUGACAAUCCAGUUGAAGACUGCAAUAUUUCCUGGUGUAAUCUCACGCUAGCUGCUAGCUGAACAAGUCUUAGCAAAGGCUGGCAAAUACCAUCGCUGUAUUAGUUUGUUUUUUUACAGAACCUCGGCAACAUUGUAAGGCUUUGUGAUUACUCACAAUAUAAUAAAGUGAUUUGGAGGUGAACAAA